GUUCGUGGCAAAGGUAUUUUCCCGAUAAAAACAUCGUUACGAAAAGUAUAUAGUAAGAGCGCAAAUUAGAUAAAAUUUAAUCUGUGGAUUAAUCACAACCCGCACUUGAUAUUUUUAUCAUUAAUUAAGAUAACUGAAUAUAAUCGAUCAAUUGUGAGCUUAGGUUAUUAGUUAUUAAUAAAAUAAACUUUGUUUUUAUACUUCACUUGUUUACGAAAGUUAAUAACGUAUGAGAAUUAUAGAAGACAUGCAUCAGUGUAUACAAUAACACAGUCAUCCAGCUUAAGUGCAAAAACAGUCAGAUAUUAAAAUAAUUUACUAUGGUGCGGUAUAAAAACAGGUAUUUAGUUGUUCAAUUAAAUAUAUUGUCCAAUGAUAAUGACAAUUUCAAAAUUUCUAAUAGAGAUUUACAAUCAGGUGUCCUAGAUGUUAUAAAAGUAUUAUAUGGAGACUUCGGAGCAGGUGCAAUUCGGACAUGUUUUAAAGUACAUUAUUGUAAUCCUACAACAAAAAUCAUCAUAUUUAAGACAAGACAUGGUCCACACAUAUACUUAUCUUCAGCAAUACCAUUUAUAAAUAAACUUCAAAAUACAAGAAUUAAACUUUCAACAAUUUAUUUAGGAGCAUCUGUUUUCCAUUGUUACAAAUUUAUUCAAGUAAUUUAUGACAUUAAAAUUAUAUUUAUAAUUAUCAAAAAAAUCUCGUUAGACAAGCAUCCGAUGAAAUUAGUAAAUCGACUGUUGAUAAAAUGUUGUGUCUCACCGGUGUUUUAAAAUUUAAUCGAACGCAAUUAGUAACAUAAUUAAUUUAAAAAAAUUAAAAUUGUAUUACUUUUAUUUAAAAUUAAAUUUUUUGAAAGUAAAAAAAAAUUUUUUUAAUUAGAAAUCCUACCAAUGUAUAAUAAAAAAUGAUGUUAACUAUUUUUUAUUCUAUAAAAAGUAAAAAAUAGUUUGAUUAAAUUAUUAUUAUCCCUGGACUUUCAUGACCAAGAAUAUUUUAGUUUUUGUCUUAUCUUUCAUACAGAUUAAGUAUGAGAUUCUAAGAACAAAUAUGUUUAUCUAGAUAAUUAUAAAUAUUUUAUGUUAACUUAAAAUUAUUCUUUUAUCCAAUGAUCCAAUGGUUGCUUAAUGUGUUUUUUGUAUUUUGACCAAAAUUAACCCAAAAAAUACCCUCUGUUAUUCAA